AUGGCGCAGCCAUAUCCUGCCCACCAAGUUGGCAUGGCUCACCACCCCGUGAUGCCUCCUGGUCAUCCUAUGGCUGGGGGCCAACACCCAAACGCGGCACAUCUCGCUGGACAAGCUCCAGGAGCCGGUAUUGUACAGCAGCUGCAUCCUGGUGUCUCUGGUCCAGGGGGACCCCAGGCGACGCAAGGGGCUCCAGUGAUGGGCGGCAUGCCGCCGGGCACCACCGGUCCAGGCGGACCUGGGCCCAGCGCUCACGCAUUAUCGCAUCUUGGCCCUACCCACGGACAUCAAAUGUAUCACCCUCAGCAGAUGGGGCAAAACUAUCCCAACAACCCACAAUUACUGCAGCAUCAACAAAUGCUGAGACAACGACAAAUGAUUUUGCAGCAGCAACAACAGCAUAAUCAACAACAGCAACAACAGCAUAAUCAGCAGCAACAGCAUCAACAUCAGCAGCAGCAGCAUAACCAGCAACACCAGCAGGCGCAGCAACUUAAUCAGCAGCAGCAAGCGCAGCAGCAGCAACAGCAACAUGGAGGGAAUUCCCGUAUCUUUGCCAAAUGGAACCCAAGGCUUAAAUGCUGCGCAGCUUGCUAUUCAGGCUAA